CAGUCGCACUGAGGCCUGACGAAACGGUGCGAUUUAUGUCUUUAUUUGUCGGAGGGUCCAUGGGAAGAACACAAAGAAGAAGCUGGAGGGAGAAGUGAAGUGAUGAUGAUGGGGGGUUGUCAUAGAGAGGAUAAAGGAAGAUGCCCCGCUAGCCCCUCCCUCCUUUGACGUCAUUGGCCGAGAGGCACCAAAUAAGCGGCUGGCCGCUGAGCUCCUCAUUUCAUUGUCACUUGUGCGCCCUGACGCCGUCAGACGCCGCGCGGGGUCUCUAACUCGUCUCCCGAAACGUCUCGGACGGAUCUCCUCCACCGGCACUGCUCUGACUCCCGUCAUUGAUUCAAACUCUCCAAGCAGCAGAUGUGAAAGGGAAACUCAAUCCCACCCCACCAACCCCCGCCUGGACCCCCUUUUUUAUUUCUACCGCCACCCUCAUCCGGGAGAACAAUACCUCCACUUGGGAGAGGGUUGGCUUUUUGUCCCCCUGACACACUGACCCCGCAGUCUGGCUUCAGCACUUGGUCAGCUCCUCGGUGACGUUCCCAUGCCCGUUUGGACGCUCUCCCUGGGAUCCCUGCCGUGAUGCAAACGGAGACUUCGGUCCAGCUCGGCGCCUCGCUGACCCUGGAGACGCCGGAGAGCGCCGCCAUCCUGCAGCAGAAGCAGCUCUUUGAGAAGUUCUGGAAGGGGACCUUCAAGGCGGUGGCCAUGCCCAGGCCGGGAAGCGUCAUCGUGGCCAGCAUCAUCGCCCGCACCAGGUUGAGCCAUCCGCAGACGCCUCCGCCGCCAACCGACGAUAAUGCCAGGAACGAGGUGACUGCAGGUUCCGGCGUGCCCCCUGCUGGCAGGGACAGCUGCAUGGCGAGAAAAAGGCGGCACCACCGCCGCCAUUGCCGAGCGAGGAGCGCCUCCUUUGACGAUGAGCGGUCACUGCGGCCGAAAGCCAAGAAAAAGAAGAGAAAGUCGGACAAGAGCAGGCGACGAAGGAGAAGGUCACCUUCCUGCAGCCUCUCGCCGCUGAGGAAGAAGAAAAAGAAAAAGAAGAACGCCAAGAAAAGCAAGCGGCAUCGGUAUAGCUCAAAAAAGUCCAAACACAGCUCCACCAGCUUCAAGCGGAAGAGGAAGGAGGAGCGCCGGCACAAGAAAAGCUUGAGGACUCGCUCGCGUCGAAAGCGCCGCCGCCAGAGGUCAGCCUCGGAAAGUUCUUGCUGUCAUUCAUCUGCAGAGGACAGACACUUUGUCGAAAAAAGUGAGUCCCGUCAGACGCCGGGACGCACGGCGCUCGCCCACAAUGGAACUAAUGGUGCGCUGGUGCACAAAUCAGUAAAAACAGCGGCAAAAUAUCCAUCGGUCCUCUCCACCGGCGCCAUUUUGUCGUCAAAGCUUUUAGAGGGGACGACGUCCAGUCACGGCGGCGCGCACGAUUACGACUCGGGCAACGACACAUCAUCGCCGCCUUCCUGCAAAACGGCCGCCGACGGCAAGAGCGCAGAACGUCGGCGCGCCGCCUCGCAGUUCGCUGACAAGGAUGACGUCUCCGACUCAGGGAACUCAGUGACAAGCUACGCCUCGCUCUGCAAAACCUGCAGGGACGACGGCUUGAGAGAACACGUCAUGUUGGGAUGUCGGGUUGACGUCAUGAGAUCUUCCGAGACUUCCGGCUGCUCCCAGGAGGCGAGCGAGUCUUCCGGAAGGUCACGGAGCCGAGGAAGGAAGAAGAAGAAGAAGAAGAAGAAGAAGAAGAGUAGGAAAAGGAGGAGGUGCAGAUCAUCAGGCAGCUCCAGAUACUCGGGACACCACUCUCGAAACUCGUCGUCUGUUAGGUCCUACUCGCGUUUGCCGAGUUAUUCUCCGGCUCGGAGGCGGCGAGGCAGCGUGAGCAGCAACAGCUCCAGGGGAAGCUACUCCAGAUACAGCCACGACAGGUCGCGAUCAAGGCGGCGGACAUCCAGUUCCAGAGAGACGGACGUCAUGCACAAGUCCAGCAGGAAGCGACGGAGACGUGAAUUCUACUCUCCGAUGAGGAAGAGGAGGAAGGAUUCGCCGAGCCAUCUGGAGGCGCGUCGAAUCACGAGUGCCAGGAAGAGGCCCGUCCCUUACUUCCGCCGGAGUCCUUCCACCUGCAGCAGCACCUCGUCCUGGAGCAGCCUCUUCUCGCGCGGCCACAGGUUCGUCCGCAGCCUGGAGCGCAGCAGGAGCCGCGGUCGCAGCUCCUCCAGUUCCUGCUGCACCUACAGGAGCUUCAGUCGCAGCUCCUCCUGGAACUCCGUCUUUGGGACCCAGCGCCGCGGUAUCAGAAGGAGCAGACAUUAGGACGGGGAAGGGAAGGCUUGGACGCGAGGGUGAGACCCUCUCGUUGUUGGCCCCAGACUGUCCUUCGCAUCACGUGACCAUAUUUGGUCAUAUAUUGUACCUCAACACUCCAUUGGAAAGCUCACGGGGGAACCUGUUGAACAUAAAAGGUGACAGCCUUCAGUCUUUCAGGGAUUGUAGAAGAAUCUAUUUGUUUUUAAUCCAUUGCCGGUCCCGUUUAUGUCGACCGACUUGUAUAGACUCGAACCAAAGGUCAAAUCCUUUUUCUUUAUUGUUAACAUUCCAUGGUAUACUGUUGGUUCAAGCCAGAAAAGAGCAGUCACAGCCAAUGUUUGCUCCGCACCAGACCACAAGACUCCUAGUGGUUUUGAUCUCCACUUGACUAGAAGAAGUCCAAAGUGUAGUAAGAGCCCCCAUGCUACACUAUAUUGCCAAAAGUAUUUGGCCACCCAUCCAAAUGAUGAGAAUCAGGUGUCCUAUUCAUUUGGCCCGGCCAGAGGUGUAUAAAAUCAAGCACUUAGGGAUGGACACUGUUUCUACAAACAUUUGUGAAAGGAGCUCUCAGGUUUGGAACUGUCACAGGAUGCCGCCUGUGCAACAAAUCCAGUCGUGAAAUGUUCUCGUUCCAAAAUAUUCCAAAGUCAACUGUCAGCUUUAUUAUAAAAAAAUAAGGGAAGAUUUAGGGAACAACAGCAACUCAGCCACCAAAUGGUAGGUCACGUAAACCGACAGAGAGAGGGCAGUGGAGGAAUUAUGGUGUGGGGUUGCUUUUCAGGGAAAGGAAUUUUGAAGGUUCCAGGAUUCCAAAACCUUUUUGGACAAUUCUAUGCUCCCAGCCUUGUGGGAAUUGUUUGGGGCAGGCCUUUGCCUUUUCCAUCAUGACUGUGCACUAGUGCACAAAGCAAGGUCCAUAAAGGCAUAGAUGACAGAGUCUGGUGUGGAUGAACUUGACUGGCCUGCACAGAGUCCUGACCUUAACCCGAUAGAACACCUUUGGGAUGAAUUAAAACAGAGACUGAGAGUCAGGCCUUCUCGACGAACAUCACCAAUGCAUUUUCGGAAGAAUGGUGGAAAAUUCCUAUAUACACACUCCGCAACCUUGUGGACAGCCUUCCCGGAAGAGUUGAAGCUGUAAUAGCUGCAAAAAGGUGGACCGACAUCAUAUUGAACCCUAUGGGUUGGGAUUGGGAUGGCACUUCAAGUUCAUAUGUCAGUCAAGGCAGGUGGCCAAAUACUUUUGGUGAUGUCGUGUAUCAGGUUUUGUUUGUCUGGUGCCGCGGCGAGAUAACGAGAAGGGGGAAAAAAACGGGAAAAUGUAGGCGUGGACGGCAAGCAGAGUGUCUUUCAGCGCAAAUGUCAAAGGAAUCUGUCCUCUCAACACGUCGCAAAAUGUCAAGAGUCGCGUCUCCGUUGGCAACAGAGCGCCGACGACGUGAUUAAGCCCACAGGUGAUUUUUAAAGACAAUGCUAUUGAAUGUUUCAGUUUGCGUGUGGAUACCACGUCCAAUUAUUCCCCCGCCUGAAGAAUGUUUUUUUUCACCAACCGUCAAACUUGUUUGUUAACUUAUUCCUAUUAAUCGGUCCUGCGUUCUAUGCAAGGUGUCUUUUGCUUUUGUUUGUGUUGCGUUCUGAAACCGUUCAACAUUUUGUUCUGUAACAGAAAUACAUAAAUCAUCGCCUUGCUUGACCUUUUGCUUUGAGUCCUAAAAAAGAGAAGAGGAAAAAAAAGG